UCUCAGCUUAUCUUCACUGUAUUUUGCUAUUUCAGGGAUAUAUAGUUCUAAACAGACCAUGGGCAUUUGUGCAGUGGCUUCAACAAGCAAACAUUAAAGAAGACUACAUUUUGAUGGCGGAGCCAGACCACAUUUUAGUCAAGCCCAUCCCAAAUCUAUCUAGAGAUGGCCUUGGUGCUGCAUUCCCUUUCUUUUAUAUUGAGCCUAAAAAGUAUGAGUCUGUACUGCGGAAGUUUUUCCCUGAGGAAAGAGGACCAAUAACUAACAUCGAUCCCAUUGGGAAUUCUCCUGUCAUUGUGGGGAAGGAUGCCCUAAAAAAGAUAGCUCCCACUUGGAUGAAUGUUUCCUUGGCAAUGAAGAAGGAUCCUGAGGCAGAUAAAGCUUUUGGUUGGGUACUUGAGAUGUAUGCAUAUGCUGUUGCUUCAGCAUUUCACGGUGUGGGUAACGUCUUAUACAAGGAAUUCAUGAUUCAGCCUCCUUGGGAUACGGCGAUCGGCAAGUCAUACAUAAUUCAUUACACUUAUGGAUGCGAUUAUGAUAUGCAGGGCCACUUGACAUACGGAAAGAUUGGAGAGUGGAGAUUUGACAAAAGAUCAUAUGAUAAGAGCUGGCCUCCUAGGAACCUUCCACUGCCACCGCCUGGUGUCCCAGAAAGUGUGGUUACGCUGGUAAAAAUGGUAAAUGAAGCCACUGCUAAUAUUCCAAAUUGGGGUUCCUGAAAAGAAGUCAUAUUGAAUGUCAAUAGAUAAACGAUGCUUUACAGGAAUCACGAUGAAGAUACAUGCAAUUGAUACUGAAAGAUGCUGCAGGUUAGAUAAAUUUGAACUUACUUUUGUAUUUUAGCUCCACCCCUUCAUGGUGUUUCAGAAAGCUCGAGGCAUUGCUGUAUGUAUCUCACUUUGCAUUUUUGGAUUUAUUGGAACCAUGGUAUAGUGCUCUCAUGAUACUGAUAUAUGAGGGACCUCCCUUGUGAGGCAUGUACAUUACAGGACCAUGUCUGUUGUUUAAUUGACACAAUUUAUUACCUAUCAGUCAAAUUAUAGCUUUUUUUA